AGAUAAAUUGUGCUGUUAACCGGAUGUUAAGUGCUUCUUAAGAAACAAAUUUGUGUCAAUAACAUAAAUUAAAAUUAUGAUCAUAUGCUAAGUGAUGGAGAAAUAGUUUUAAAUGUAAAAUAAACUUAAAAUAAAAAAGGUCUGAUGAGUGAAUUUAAGAGCAAAUAGAACAAUCAAUCAAGAAAUUAAUUCAUUCAUUUAUCCUAGAUGAAUAUAAAAAUGCUGUGCAAGAUUUUUACAGUGACUGCAAUCAUCGUAAAUUUCGUUCAUUCGGAGAAUAUCGAUUACCAUUGCAAGCACAACGAUGAUUUUUACUACACAACACCACAAAGUCAUUGUGAAUCAUAUUACCGAUGUCAAAGUAAUCAGAAAAUCAAAUAUGAUUGUCCUCGUGGUAUGAUCUUUAAUUUUUACGAGCAGAAAUGUGUCAGUGAUGCGAAUACUUGUUACGAGUCGACAUGUCAAGGAAAAGCCGACGGAUAUUAUCCAGAUACAACACAAUCAUGUCGAAGAUUCUUUCGAUGUUCAAAUGAAAAA